UCUCUCUCAGUUAAAUCAGAAGCUUUUCAGUUUCAUAUCUUUUUCCUCCCUUCUUUAUCUCAUAUAAUAUCUAGUAUUCAAGCUUUUGGUAGCUAUAAAUCCGUUUGUGAUUCAUAGUUCCGUAGGAUUUUCGUUUCGAUUUCUCGAAUUUAGAGCUUGUUGGUGAAAACCCAAUUGAGAUUCAGAAAGGGGUUUUCAGGUUAUUAGUUGAUUUCAGUGUCAGAAAUAGGGUUUUAGUGGAAAUUUGAAGAAAUGGAAAAUACUUCUGGGUUUAUUAUGGAAGAUGAGAAGAUGGAACUUCCUCCGGGAUUCCGAUUUCAUCCAACGGAUGAAGAGCUCUUAAGUCACUACCUAUCCCCCAAAGUUCUUGACAACUUCUUCUGUGCUAGAGCAAUUGGCGAGGUGGAUUUGAACAAGUGUGAGCCUUGGGAUUUGCCUUGGAAGGCAAAAAUGGGAGAAAAGGAAUGGUACUUCUUCUGUGUGAAAGACAGAAAAUACCCAACUGGUCUGAGAACAAACCGGGCAACGGAGGCCGGGUACUGGAAAGCCACAGGCAAAGAUAAGGAGAUUUACAAGGCCAAAACCCUGGUUGGCAUGAAGAAAACUCUGGUUUUCUACACAGGAAGAGCCCCAAAAGGUGUGAAGACCAAUUGGGUCAUGCAUGAAUACAGAUUGGAGGGCGAAAGCUCUACCCAUAAUCUCCCCAAAACUGCGAAGAAUGAGUGGGUGAUUUGCAGAAUUUUCCAAAAGAGUAGCGGUGGGAAGAAGACUCAUAUUUCAGGGUUGCUGAGGCCGAGCCCCUUCGGGAACGAAUUGCGCUCUUCUUUACUCCCGCCAUUAAUGGAUUCCCCAGCCUACAACAGCGACGCUAGAACAACAGCCACCGCCUGCGAAACCUCUCACGUGUCCUGCUUUUCUGAUCCAGCGGAGGAUCAGAAGACUGAGGACGACAUUAUGGACAGCUUCAACAACAGCUACAACCACCAACACCACCACCACCACAACAACAUUCAUUUCGCUUCUUCAUCACGUUCGAAUCCAUCUGCUCAUUUGAACUCUUUUUAUUCCAACCAAAUCCCACCAAACGUUGGACUAUUGCACCACCAAAACUUAGUUUUGAUGCAGAACCCGUCCUUAUUGACGAUGUUGGUUGAAAACCAUGCACCAAACUUGAGGCAUAGUGCAAAAAUAGAGUUCUCACCGGACACAGGGCUGAGCAUCGAUGCUUCCUCAGUGGUUUCAAACAGAGAAAUGGUACAGGACGAUCCAUCGUACUCGUCCGCUCCGAUAGAACUCGAUGGCCUCUGGAAUUAUUGAACUCGAAGGUCGAAUAUAAUGACGAAUUAAGAGAAGAUUUUUCAGGGAUGCAUAAUUAAUUGGUACUUAAUUACUGUGUAAUUUGUAUAGGAGCUCUCCAUUGAAUUAUUGAAGAACCAAGGAAGUGCAACUCGUUGUAAUUUGCAGGGAUUGUAAAGAUGUUCAUAAGGAAUUUUACAUAAGAACAAACAUUAACGGGCUUGGAAAUUGAUAUUC